AUGACUAAUUCGGAUAAGAUGGCAAUAUUUAAUAAAUCUUUGUCACCAUACCAACGCUGGCUUGAGGUACAAGUGCCAAAAUGGAAAAUGGCACAUGAACAAAUAGCAGCUAUCAAUGAAAACAAUGUGAAUCUACACAAAAAUGAAUUGAAAAAUAUUCUAACAGAGUUGAAAGAUACAGAAUUGGGUCGAAAAUAUGAAAUAACCUCUUUGUUAAAACAAUCUGGUGGUGACAUUGAUAAAUUAGUAGAGUUAUAUAGAUCAAGUAUACCAGUAUCAGAUUACGAUACAAUCAUUGAUUAUGUCAAACGAAUGAUUAAUGAUGGUGAAUCAAAUCUUAUAAUACCAUCCAAUAAGGUUGCAUUAUAUGCGCAUACAUCAGGUACAACCGGUAAAUUGAAGUAUUAUCCUAUUCAUGUAUGUCGGGCACAAUUGCUAAACUUACUAGCACUUGAUCAAAACUACAUGUUUUAUCAACAGCAUCCAAAAUUAUUUGAUGAAAAUUCUAAAGAACUAUUUUUAUAUACAAAGUCUCCUGACAAAAAAGCGCCUGGUGAUGGGAAACCAAUAUGUGUUAUAUCGUGGUUUGCUUAUCAAGCAAUUGCUGAACAUAAAAAUUAUCUGGAAAAUAUCGAAAAAACAGAUUCAGAAAAAUAUAUUGAAGUCGCUUAUCCACCAACAUGGCGCUUAGCAUCACCACCAGAAGCGUAUGAAGUAUUAAAUACUGGUCACUUAGAACCAUAUUACAUGCACAUAUUAUUCGCGUUAAAACAAGCCAACAGCCUUUUCUAA